AUCAGAUGUCUUGACAAGUUUUCAAUUCUCUGCACUUUCUUACUUUAUCAAAGACGCAAAAUGAAGCUUUGUGUGUUUUUGGCGUUCAUUUUAACACUGCUGUCAGCAGUGUGUGGCUUAAAAUGUUUCACCUGCUGGAGCGCAAACCCCGGCACCUGCACUCAGAUAUGGAACUGUCCUACACAUUACGACCGCUGUGCCACCACCAUUGUUGCUGAAAAUAUGAUCACCAAAGAAUGCAUGAGAAGCGAUGUUUGCAAUAACGUGUAUUCUGUGGGUGUCAGAUGCUGCGCUGAAGACUUGUGUAAUGGAGCAAAACACGCUGGAGUCUUUGUCCCUCUACUUCUAGCACCCUUGGCCAUCAUUACACUCUUCAUUUGAGGUUUAACGUCCUCGGUUUUCCAUUUUAAUGCUGUAAAAAUCUGCUGUGGUGCCUGGAGUGUUUAAACGAGGAGGCAAAAUCCUGGUAAUUGAAGAAAUUUUGAGGCAUUGGUGAUCUCUGAAAGAUAUUUCGAACCCUUGAAGGUAGACUGUGAAAUCUAAAAUCCUUUUGGACAAUUAAGAAGAAUUUGCUUUUUGCACUCUUUAAUUAUUCUGAUGGUUAUCUGUGC